AUGUGGGGGAGGGUGUUGCGGCGGCAGGCGCGUGAGCGCCGCGCCGAGCCGCUAGUCGACGAGGAGCCCUGCUUCUCCCACGCCCCCGACAUCCGCGCCGCGGCCUGCACCACCCUUGCCUUCCUGGCCUGCCACCCGCUGGGGGCGCACGGGGACGCAUGCCUCGUGGGGCCCUUCAGGACGCGCCUGCUGCAGGCGGGCGCCUUCGGCGCGCUGCUGCGCACGGCGCUGAGCAGCGGCGCGGGGGAGCGGUGCGAUCCGAUUAUUCAGCAGACGGCAGCGGUCGGCAUCAUGUACCUCUCGACCAUGGCCGGCGCCGUUGACCCCGCUGAGCUGGCGAUGUACGCCGCCCUCAUGACCAGCAACACUAAUGUGGAGAUGGUGGAGUACCUGAUGGCCGGCAUGUGGAUCCUGCUCAAGGUGCCAGCCAACCGCAAAGUCCUAGGGGGAGCCUUCAAGGUGAACCCCGCGUCCAGCAAGCUGGCGAGCUCCAUGAUGGCCAAGCUUCAGGACACCAUCGAGGUCGCUGACGUCACCGAGCACGUCAACCGCCUGGCGGAGAAGAUACGCAGCAAGGACCCCACCGCCGCCGGCGCGCCGCCGCGCGCCAGCGGCACCGGCGCCCGGCCCAGCGGCAACGGCGGCGUUGGGGGCGGCGGCAGCGGCGCGCGCGGCGCCGGCGGCGGCGGCGGGCUGGAGGGCUGCGUGAGCAGCAGCAGCCUGGCGCUGAGCGGGCGCGCGGGGUCGCUGCUGGGGCGGGAGGUGAGCUACGGGGCGCUGGCGGCGGCGGCGGACACGCUUGAUGACAAGCUGGCCGUCGUGGAGCACAAAAGAAGGAGCGUGCUAUUCAGCUCCCUGGUCAGCGUGGAUGGCGACCACCUGGAGGAGGAGGGGGAGGAGGAGGGCGAGGAGGAGCCCAAGCAGCCGCCCCUCUCCCCAGCCGCCGACCGCCGCGCCCCCUCGGCUUCCAAGCCCCCGCUGCCGCCGCUCGCGCUCGCGCUCGGCAGCCCCCAGCGCCCCAGCGGCAACGGCAGCCUCGGGGUCGGCGCCGGUGGUGCGGCGCAGCGUCCCAGCGGCAAUGGCAGCAUCAUGAGCGUCGGCGGCCGGCGGCGCGGCAGCGCGAUCGGGGCGCGCGUGAGCUAUGCCAGCAGCUUGAACGGCGCGAUGACGAGCAGGGGGCUUGCGCGGAUCCGGGAGCUGUCAGGCACGAUGCGGGGCGGGGAGCCGACGUCCCAAACCCUGGAGAGCGUCAGGUCGAUCAACAAGACCGUCGAGCGCAGCAUGAACAACCUGGACAGCCAGCUGGGAUCAAGCCUGGACGACCACUGGGGCCUCGACACCCUCGUGCGCGUGGGAGAGACCUGGCUGCCGCGCAUGCUGCACGCCGGCGCGUCCCCGGCCUCCCCCCACACCCAGAGAGCUAAGGCUGCUGCCGGCGGCAGCGGCGCAACCGCGGUCGUCGCCGCCGCCGCGCGGCAGCACGGGGGUGGUGGGGGCGCUGAGGCUGCCGCGGCGGCGGCGCCGCCGCUGGGGGCGGCGGAUGUACCGCUGUUGAAGUUGUUUGAGUUUCUGACGGCGUCCAUGUGCCUGUAUGUUAUCGAGGAGCGCCCCGGGGGCGACAAGCCGGCGGGCGUGUGGGCGGACGACGCGGCUGCGCCGCCCGCGGGGCGCGAUACAAGGGGCACGUCGGCCGGCGCCGCCCACCGCUGGUGGACCGUGGACGCGGCGCCGCCCGCCCCCGAGCCGCUCGUGUCGCCGCUGAUGCAGGGCACGCUGCACAUCCUGCUGACCAGCCUGCGGCUGCGCAUCCCCCUGGCCUGGAAGAGCGUGCAGCUGUCGGUCGUGAUGCUCUGGAACGCGGCCGUGCAGUCUGACCCCAACCGCCCCCCAACCGACCCCCGCAGCCAGCGUUGA